AGCCAAAAAAUAUGUUUACGAUUGCUAGGCAAUGGCGGCGCUUAGCGAAUCUGAAAAAGUAAAAUUUAUCUCAUAAAAUACAUUUCCCAAAACAGAAGACCUAUCCUAUAAAGACCUAAACAACUACUUCAAAUACCUUACUAACUAGAUCUAGUCCACAGUAUUAUCUAGAUCUAGUCUAGAUUCUAAUUAUUGCUAUGGAAAAAGAAAUAGACGAUAACGCCGUCAACGACCCGAACCAGAACCAACAAAGUCAGAGAAUUCCCAGAGAGCUUUUACACGAUCAACAGCAACGAUUAUCACACAAACACAUCAAAACACUUACUUUUUUGCAACAUGUUGCGAAAGAAAACAAAGCAUUGAAAGACAGAAUAUCCUUUCUAGAGGAAAGCCUAGAAAAUUAUAAGAGUCACCAUGGUGAUAUUGGGUUUGUCAACAAUAGUAAUGAGGAACUUCAGAUUAUUAAGGAAGCUUAUUUGGCCAGCACUGAAGAAAUUAAAAAACUUUCUUCAAAACACAGUAAUGAGAUAGUGAGAAUUCAAGAUGAAAAAUCUGAAUUGGAAAGAAAAUUGAAAGAACAAAUUCUUAAGAUGCACCAUGAAAUAGAAGCACUUAAAGCAGCCAACAAUGAUUUGAGGGACACUGUAGCUGAAGAAAAUCAAACUGAGACGAAACAAGAAGUACAGGAAAUUCUGAAACAAAAUGCAAUGUUAGAAAACCAGAAUGAAGAACUAAGAAAUGAACUAGAAAGUUUGAGAGAAGACCUUCACAUUAUUCAGUCCAAGCAGGGAAGUGAAAUGACAAAACUACAUGAUUUGAAAGAGGAAAAUAAAUUAUUGAAACAAAAUUUGCAAGAAAUACAACAAAUAUCCAAGGAAACAGAAUUUAGACUUGAUAAGGCAUUAAAAGAACUUUCAGACAGGUCUAAAACUGAGGAACAAGAGACAAGCAUGAUUGAAAAGCUCCAUGAGAAAGUUGAAAACUUACAGCUGGAAUAUCAGCAGAGACUUCAGUUUGAAGCUCAGAUGAAGCAAGACUUCCAUGAGCUGCAAAGCCUGAAAGAUGAUUUAAUGAAAUGCAAUGCUCAAUUGCAGACUGAACUUGAGAACUUGCUAAGUGAAUAUGGUCAGCUGGCGCUGGAUUACAACAAGCUCAAGAAACAUUUCAAGCAGAUGGAGGACCAAAAAUCGUUUAAAGAUUUUGUUCUAUUAAAGCGUGAAGUGAAUAUUUUGAGAGAUGAGAAUGACUUUCUAAAAUUAAAGACCAGACCAGAUGUUCUCAUGCUAAAGGAAGAAGCACCACCACAUCCUCCAUCUAUACCAAAGAAAAAAGCUUCCCUUGAUGGAACUAGAAACAGAGCCAAAAAAUGUUUAGCGAUCACAUCUGAUAUUAAUAGCACAUAAAAAAAAAGAACCUAAUAUGGUCAUUAAGUAAGCUUUCAUACAGAUCCUCUUAAGCUUUAUGGUACAGUCAUGAAAUAUUGAUGCACCAAAAAUGCAUUCAAGUUAGAAAACUGCUAUACAGUCAUAAAAAUUUGUUAGAUUACAGUAUUAUUCAGUCAAAAUUUAAUAACUUAUAAUGUCACACAGAUAAUUUAGUUCCUUGAACCAAAAUUAAGAAGUGAAGAAAACAAAGUGUCAUUGUCAAAAUAAGAAAUGUCCCCAAUUACAAACAUGAGACAAGAAUGCUUUCACUCCCCUGACAGUUUAUUGAAUCAAAGUCUAGAGCUCAUUGCCUCUACACUGCUAUACCAUAUCUAAAAAUAGAUUACAAUGUCUCUAUAAUUACAUUAAUUUGUUUUCAUAUAAACAUUUUGUUAAUUGCUCUGUUACAUAUAUUUUUUUAUAACCUAAAUUGUGUGUCAUAGGUAAUUGAUAUGAUGUAGGGCUAUGUAAAAAAAAAAGUUGAAGCUUUGAUGUAUAAAUAUAGCUUUGUAACUUUGACAUGUCCAGAAAUUUAGCAUUGUAGAACGGGAAAUAAAUUGUCUCUGACAGUUCAAAGUGUGUAUACAUUUUUUUGACGCACCCUGUAUAUGUAUAUAUAUUGAAUCAAAAGUGAAUUGUGGAAAGGUUGAUAUAAUAAAAGAUGAAAAAUUA